ACGAAGUGAGAGCUGUUCACAUUCACGGAAGGAAGAUUCCGCAAGUCGCUGAGCCGAGGUUUCCGGUGUCCCAUCACUUGUCCGUGCGUGGGGAGAGUUCGCUUUUAGUUUAGGGUUUUUACUUUUCUUCAUUCCAUUGAGUCGUCUCGCCAUCCCAGCUUGUAGCAGUGUUCGAAAUGGGGCUCUGGGAAUCCUUUCUCAACUGGCUUCGAAGCUUGUUUUUCAAACAGGAAAUGGAACUUUCCCUCAUAGGCCUUCAAAAUGCAGGAAAGACAUCUCUUGUUAAUGCCAUUGCUACAGGAGGCUACAGUGAGGACAUGAUUCCAACUGUGGGGUUCAACAUGCGGAAGGUCACAAAGGGAAAUGUAACCAUAAAGCUUUGGGAUCUUGGUGGGCAACGAAGGUUUCGCAGCAUGUGGGAGCGUUACUGUCGUGGUGUCUCUGCAAUUCUAUACGUUGUUGAUGCUGCUGAUAGAGAUUCAGUUCCAAUAUCCAGAAGUGAGUUGCAUGACCUUCUGAUGAAACCAUCAUUAAGUGGAAUUCCUUUGUUGGUCGUUGGCAAUAAGAUUGACAAGUCUGAAGCUCUUUCCAAACAAGCUUUGGUGGAUCAGAUGGGUCUGGAGUCCAUCAAAGACAGGGAGGUCUGCUGCUACAUGAUCUCAUGCAAGGAUUCGAUAAAUAUAGACACUGUCAUUGAUUGGCUUAUCAAACAUUCGAAAAUGGUAAAAUGAUUCUGUCACAUAGCCUUAAUCCAGGUUAAAUAGUGUUCAGCAUGAAGAAAUGUUGAUAUUAAAAGUGAGUGUGAAGCCUGACGAUCUCAGGUUACAAUGUAGAGCAUUGUUGCAUUUCUGUCUUCCACAGCAUAAGUGCUUUGUACAGUGGAACAAUUAAUUUUGUUGUGAAUGUUUCUUUGGUAUUUAUUUUUCAAGCUUUCAAAGUAUAUUUCAGGUACUUUGGUGAAGUCAGUUGAAUUGGAAUUUUAUGUAAAGGGCCCCACACAAUCUCUACAUUUUAGCUGCUAUUCCUGAAAUGAAUGCAUUGGCUAUUUAACUUUGCAA